ACCACAGCUCUUAAAACCUUAUUGUACUAUCACCAGGACCUUUCUUUUACCCUUAACGACGCAUUUCGCCUUCUCUCUCUCACAACUUCACUCCGCUUCUCUUUCCUUGCCACUUGUCCCCCUUUAAACGACCUUUUUAACGACAGCGCGGACAGCACACCUGCGAUGGUUGACGAGAAAUACAUUGGCAUGGCGCUGGCCAUGUCCUCGAGCUUGCUUAUUGGAACCAGCUUUGUUCUGACAAAGAAGGGCCUGAACGAGACCACGUCGCGGUACGGCUCUGCGACCGAGGGCCUGCAGUACUUUAAGAACGUAAUGUGGUGGGCCGGUAUGAUUACAAUGGGUCUUGGCGAGGUUGCCAAUUUUGCCGCCUAUUCGUUCGCACCGGCCAUCCUGGUUACGCCACUGGGGGCGCUGAGCGUUAUCGUCGGCGCAGUACUGGCGUCCAUUUUCCUUGGCGAAAAGAUCAACAUGAUUGGAAAGGCAGGCUGUGCGCUGUGUCUGAUGGGCUCGGUUGUGGUUGUGCUCAAUGCUCCGCGCGACGGCGACAUCGAGUCUGUCGAGCAGAUCAUGCACAUGGUGGUACAGAUCCCGUUCCUGACCUACGCGCUCACAUCUGUCACCUUUUUGGUCUUUAUGGUCCUGAAGGUUGCUGGCCGCUACGGGCAGCGCACCCCGCUGGUGUACGUCUCCAUCUGCUCGGUGGCCGGCUCGCUGACCGUGACCGCCUGCAAGGCCUUUGGAAUCGCCCUGAAGCUGACCUUUGCCGGCAACAACCAGUUCGUGCAUGUCAGCACCUACUUCUUUGCCGCCGUGGUCGUUGCGUGCAUCAUGGUGCAGAUGAACUACUUCAACAAGGCGCUGGAGCAGUUUGACACGAACCUCGUAACGCCCAUCUACUACGUGUUCUUCACGUCUGCCACCAUCCUUGCAUCGGUGGCGCUGUUCCAGGGCUUCACCGACUCGACGAACAAGGAGCUGGCCUCGUUGUUCUGCGGCUUCAUGACUAUCUUUAUUGGUGUAUUUCUUCUUAACAGCACGAAGGGAGAUGCUGCUGCGCAUGGUGGAUGCAGCAAUGGACACCAGCCCCUGCCCACCGACGAACCCGAGCGCCUCAGCUACGACACACACGGCCGCCUCUCCCAUAGCGGCGCCGCUGCCUAUAACAUCUCCGAUUUCGAGUGCGGCAGUGACGAGGGCGGCGACAUCCAUAUCAACGACGAAUCAUAUCCUCUCCGCGAGCGAGGAAACACCAUUGAUUCUGAGAAGGGACGUACCCUGAACCGCCGCCACACCUUCACCAAGACCCGCGCAACCGACACCAUCGACCUGUCCGAGGACGAUGGCUCGCCAGCCCAACUCCAUGUCCUGUUAGCCAGCCCCUUAAUGGGCACCGUGCGUCUCUCCCUUUCUCCCGAUGCACUUCUGUUCUCAAAGUCUCAUUCUAUGAACACUACCGCAAAUCCUUUGGCGAUACAUGCGGCCGCAUAUGGCCUGACUGAUAUGUCCCCGCCACCUGCGGUCCGAGAUAAUCAAGGCUAGAUCAGCUGAUAUUUCCCGAUGAUAAGUGCAGCCCAGGGCGUCUAGGCCAGCUGAGCUAUUUUGCGUGCAGGCAAAGAGCUGAGGCUCAAUUUGGAGGACGUGGAUUCCCUUCUUCGUUUUGAAACUCUCCUUCAAUUUUGAAUUUCACCACAUCCGCACAAUGAUCUCUGCUGUUGCUCGUACCUCGAUGCGCUCCCGCGCCGUUGCCCGUGUUGCCCGCUCGGACCACUUCCACUCGCCGAACGGCAUGCACCUUCC